GGACGGCGAAGACCAUCAUGUUCUCCCACUGUGCUUGCUGUCUCCUCUGCGCCUAGCUUGCUUUUGCAACCUGAAGAUACCAUAAAUACCGAAGUACAGGCGCAGAGACCAGGAGAACCAUGCCGGUCGGGAUUGAAGCUUGGGUCACUCAGAUUCCACCCGUAACCCGGGCAUGGCUUGCACUCUCAGUGCUAACGAGCUUAGCGGUUCAAACGCAGCUUGUGACGCCGCUGCAGCUAUAUUUCAGCUUCAAGGCGGCGUUCACCAACAUGCAGCCGUGGAGAGUCUUCACCACGUUCUUCUAUUUUGGAACGAUAUCACUUGACUUCAUCUUCCAUAUGUUCUUCUUCAUGCGCUACAGCCGGAUGCUCGAAGAGUCGUCCUUCGCAAAUCGCAAGGCUGAUUACUUCUGGCUGCUGUUUCUCUCCGCACUCAUGCUUCUGGUGCUAUCCCCUCUAGUCAACUUGCCGUUCUUAUCCUCGCCGCUUGCCUUCGUGCCAAUCUAUCUCUGGUCUCGGCGACACCCGUCAACGCCCAUAUCUCUCUUUGGCCUGGUCACAAUAACGGCCCCAUACCUUCCACUUGCUCUCGUCGGCCUUGCGUGGAUAUUGAACGGAACGUGGAGAGCGGCAGCUGGGGACCUCCUUGGUUGCGCCGUCGGUCACGUCGGAUGGUUUGUACGUGACGUCUGGCCCCGCGAGAUGACAGGGGGCCCGACGUUCCUGAGCGAAGCGCCAGAAGCUCUCAAACGCUUCUUUGGUGACAUCUGAUUGGAGAUAACGACUCUGUACGAUAGCCGGGUUACAAUCCGCAGUACCACCUCCACGUGGGGGAAUAUAAGUUGUUUCCGC